CCGCGCCGCACAGUCGCCUCGCACGCCGCGCACCGACUGCGACAGCGCACGCGCACCGCGCCCACGCGACACGUGCUCACCUGUGCCCAUGACGACCUGACCACAACAUGCAAGAACAAAGCACAUCCCGCACCAACAAAACCACACUCAACUCACUGGAGAGCGCCAUCAUCAAGCUGAAAAACAACCUGCAGAUACAGGACACCAAACCCGCAGACAUGACCGGUCUGUUGAGCAUCGAGACACCGGAGGACACUAAAAGCCCAAGUAAGAGCUCUAGUUCAACUACAACGAACUUAAACUUAUCUAUUGCAUCCGCUGCGUUGUUACAAGAGAACAUGCUCCAGAGAUCGUUGCAAGGCGUAGUGAUAUCCCUCCAAAAUGCGAUGAUGAAUUCUCUGCAACAGGCUGCUUUAUUACCGUCGAAUUCUGCGGCAGCCGCUGCCUUAAACUUGCAAGCUUUAGAAUCCUAUUUAACUUUACAACGCCUCACAUCUGUGUCAUCUGUAAACAACACGCAAUGUAGCUCCAACGAAAGUAUUACUUCAACUAAACAAGACAUACUGAGGCUCGCGACGGCCAGCGCUAAGAUUACUGAAACGGACGUUUCUGAAAGUACAUCUAGAGUGAUAUCUCCGAAAACGCCUGAAGAGUACCCCUUAUCUGAUGCUAUAGCGGCUGAAGAUGUAGAUUUAUCCGAAGAAGUGGAAGAAGACUUAGCUUUGUUAGACAACGAAGACGAAUUCACGUUGGAACAGCAUCUAGAAUCUACGUCAAAAGGAUACGGGUACAGUGCAUCACAGAGCUUAGACAACGGUUACCCGAGCCUUCUAAUGAAUGCCAUGUAUCAGCAGCAAAUGAAUGGGAGCCCCUCUCAGCCACCUCUGUCUCCUCAACCGUCCAAUUCAUCCAGCUCGAAGAGUACAAAUAGUUCGACAUCGUCGACGGGAAGUUGUAUAUCUAAUAAGCAGAAAACUACAGGCAGCGGACCGAGAACGAAAAAGCAGUUUAUUUGCAAGUUCUGUAAUCGACAAUUCACGAAAUCCUACAAUCUCCUGAUACAUGAAAGGACGCACACCGACGAGCGGCCAUACUCGUGUGACAUCUGUGGAAAAGCGUUCCGACGGCAAGAUCACCUCAGAGAUCACAGAUACAUACACUCAAAAGAGAAACCAUUCAAGUGUUUAGAAUGUGGAAAAGGAUUCUGCCAGUCCCGAACAUUAGCGGUACACAAAAUACUACACAUGGAAGAGUCUCCACACAAGUGCCCAGUCUGCAGCAGGAGUUUCAACCAACGAUCGAAUUUAAAAACCCAUUUACUAACCCAUACAGAUAUUAAGCCAUACAACUGUACUUCAUGCGGGAAGGUAUUCAGGCGUAACUGUGACUUGCGACGUCACAGUUUAACACACAACCUAGUUAGCAUAUCAUCGGUGACAUCACCCAACAGUGCUGGUAAUAAAAGCCCCUUACUCAACCCUAACUUCCCUAUUGACAAUUUAGACACUGAAGACGAGAAUUAAAUUGUUAGUGUGAAUAUAAUAAAAAGACUGAUAAAUAAAUCCAAGUGCCUUUGUAUUUUUAAGUGUUUUUAGAACGGGUUUGUGUAAAUAAUGUACCAUUCUUUUUUGUGCCUUUUAUUGGAAAUAUCGAAUGUCUAUUUAAUUAAAUGAUGUGUUUAUGUAUACCUGCAUUUUUUUAGAGUUCCGUAGAACAACAUGAGUUGUAGUUACGCCAAGUCCAGCCAAUUUGAAGUAACAAGAAGAUUUGUUAUUCGUCUAUUAUUAGUUGAAAGAAAAUAUUAGUUUUCAUGGAAAGGUAAUUAGCAAUAGGUUUUAAUCAUGCCAAUAAAGCAGGUACAAGUAAAAGGGUAGUAGAAUAACAUAAUAUUUUGCGACUUAACUACAGAACCUAAACUGACUGUUUUAUGGCCCAACACGCACUUCGACAGUUUUUAUAUAGCUUUGGCUAUAUUUGCCAUAAUCAAAGUUAGAUUAAAAUAUUCAAAUUUCAAAUUGUAAUUUUUAAUUUCUUAAUUGACUUUUGGUCGUAAAAUUAUUAUUGUCUCAUUAAAUUCGUAAAUAUAACGUUGUGAUAUGAUAUCACAACGUUAUAUUGCGGUGCAUUCUUUACUUUAAUUCGUUUUUAACCGACUUCCAUAACAGAGGCGGUUCUAUCUAUGUACGGCUGUAUGUAUGUUUUUUAGUUAGGUAUUUCGCAAUAAUUUGUUUCCCUCAUAUUUAAGUAUUAUCUUCGUCAACGUUUUGUAUAUUUGUGAUCUCAUUUUUAUGUAAUAAUUGUAUUGUACAUAAUAAAUUAUGUUUUGCUUAUUAAGGUGCAAUUAGUCCGUCCCAUUUUAUAAGGAUUUUUGGAAGUCAAAGACUUCUAUAUGUAUUAUUCUAUCUCCUAAUUUCUAUAGAUACUUAUUGGCUCUGCUUUCUGUGUUAAUGUUGUCUUUUGGCCGUAUCUAUCCCACCGGGUUUGAGGUAGAUACAACUAAGCCAGUUAAUAAAUCAAAAACAUUCAGCAGAGUUAUGUAUCUCGGUGUACCUUUCUAAUAAUGAGUCACUACAUCGUUUUUCAUUUAUGCAAUCAUCUAACAUCGUAUUUUCAACUAAAUAACAUAAUUAUCUUCAUUUCACGUAAAGAGGCAAAAACAUAAAAGUGUUAGUAGCAAGAAGUAACAUUAUUUCAACGAAAAACCGUUAUUCGUUACUUACGUAAUUUUGUUGAAAUAAUCAUGUAAGAUGAGCGUAAAACAAAAAAAUCAAUGUCACUUGAUGUAAAAUGACGUAAUCAAGAUCAUUUCGUUGAAAUAACUAUGCAAGAUGAUCACCAUUACGAAAUUAAGAUGAAAAAAGAUGAAGUAACUUAUUAUAGAAUGGUACAUCGAGUUACAUAAUAACCCUGCUGAGAGUCAGCUCACUACAGUUAUCGACACUGAACAACAUCACAGUUCUGCCUAUAAAGUCAGAAUAAAGAAUAGUUAAUUAACGACUGUGUAUAAAACAUCAUAAAUAAACAGACCCGGUAUUUUAUACACUGCAAUUUUCAAGAUCCAUAAAACAAAACACGUCCUAUUCUGUUGCUACGAGUAGAUGGUAGUUGACUAAUUUUUUUUUUACCCUACUACGUGAUUCUACCGUAAAAUUUUCAUGUUUUCCGUUCAUUAAUAUUUUUUAUUUUGUCGCUCGCUGACUCUAAUUUUGUCACUGUGACGUAUUGUCACCAAGUCAAAUGGUAUUUGUUUAUUAUUGCAAUCACUUUACCUAGAGAUGUUAUCAAUAGAGAUGCUUGAGUAUGUCACUCGCCCAGUUGAUUGAUGUUAGCGUUCGUUCACUAUUGAGGCUUGUAAUGUGACCAGACCAAUACUUCGAACAAUUGGAGAUGUUUGGGCGACGAAUAGAUUACUUAUACGUCACUUGGCAAGUGGAUUAUUUAUACAGUUGACUCAGUGGGUGAGUCUUGGACACUCGGUAAAAUCUAUUCCAAGAGUGACCGCAUUUGGUAGCCGAAUGACAAAAGCAGUAGGUGACAGUAACAAAGUCCGACAAAAUGUCGUAGUGAGCCUCUUAGGAGUAUGUAGUAUGUAUGAAAGUCUUUGUGAAAAACUGAUAUAAACAUAAAGUAAAAUUAAUCCCAUGUCCAUAAUGGUCAAUGAGGUUAUUUGCCUUUGAUGUUGUAUGUGUUACCGUUAAAUUGUAAAAUACGUUAGAUUAUAAUUUCAUUCCGAUACUGUAAUUUGUCGAUAUAUUGUGAACUGAACACACUGAUUACAAUUUAACGUGUUAUUUUUCGGUAUAUCUAUCGAAGUGAAAUCAUUAAAUUGCAAUCUUAAAACGUCAACUGUCCGAUCUUGCCCCUGAUUGGUCAGCCUUGCAGCAGACCGUUCGGUGUCCAUAGAGUUAGGAAUGAAAUACAUAUUAAGUCAGUCAAAUAAAAUACUUCAAGAAUUGUGACAUUACGUAUUUAUUUAUUAUUUAUUAUACCUCAAGACUGACCUAAGUUUUUUCUUUCAAAAAAAAGUCAAAAGUCAAAAUUCAUUUAUUUCAAAUAGGCUUAGUUUACAAGCUCUUUCGAAACGUCAGGUAAUAAUAUUAAACUUAAGAUAAUUUGAUUUGUCGAUUGUAAUUUUUUACUCAUUUUAUUAUGGCCGCUCUUAUAUUUUUGUAACUCUAUGGUAAAUUUAUCCUGAUUGACAAUUUAACGGUUUCACUUCAAUAGAUUAUAAUAUACUGAAAAAUAACACGUUAAAUUGUAAUCAGGAUGUUCAGUUUACAAUAAAUCGACAGAUUACAAUAUAGCCAGUGAGACUAAAAAAUAACGUAUUUUACAAUUUAACCGUGACAUAUACAUGGCUUAUAUUAUAGAGUACAUGUGUAUUUUUUACAUGAAUUUCUAGUUUUAAGGUCUUCUUUGCCUAAUUAUUAAAUACGUCGGUGAAGACUGAAGACUGUAUUUUGUGAAUAUAGCCCGUUGUACAAAAUAUUUUUUUAAACUAUUAUAUUAUUACAAUUAAAAAAUAUGAAAUUUU